GAACUUGUAUAGUUUGUCAAGAAGAAACUAAUGCAUCAUCGCUUUAUGGUAUAUUGGGACUUGUUCAGCCAUCCAAAUUGUUGCGACAUACACCAUUUGAUGAUAAAGAUUAUGUUUUUGAGGCGAUUAAUUGUCCCGAGAAUUUAGAUCAUAAAUAUGAUCGUUCAGUCCCGUAUGGAGUUGCAUCUUUAGCUUGUGAUGUGGGAGUGUCUGAAUCACCAAUCCCAUCUCGUCAUUUUUCGAGUAAAGGCUUUCCGUCCGAUUCUUGCCGAUUAGGAUCAUAUGCUUCGACUUGUGGACAUUUGAUGCAUGUAAAAUGCUUUGAUACUUAUUUCUUGUCACUGGAACAACGUCAUCAACUACAAUUAGCAAGAAACCACCCAGAAAAUGUCAGUCGUAAAGAAUUCAUGUGCCCAUUGUGCAAGAGUUUGGGUAAUGUUUUAUUCCCGGUCGUUUGGAAAGUAAAGAGGGAGAUUCAUUCUGAAAAUUUAGGCGAAGGUGACGAUUUAGAAACGUGGUUACGCGAUAAAAUCGGUUCUAUCAUUGAAAAGUUUGACAUAAAUGUUGAGUUAUUUGCAUCACGAUCGCAUGUUCCGCUUUCAGAUCUCGA